GUGUGAGUGUAUGCGUGUGUGCGUGUGAACUGCCCCCUGUAAACAUUAGGCGGUAUUGUGAUGGUGGGCGAUUUAGUAGACUGUGAUUACAUAUUAUUAGCAUUGCACAUUUUGAGGAUCACGAUGGGAUUGCGUCAUAGCAAGGUAAAAGGGACACCUGUGCUGCUAACUACUACUGCUACUGCUACUGCUACUGCUACUGCUACUGCCAAGCGUCAAGGAUCACGUGAUAAGGGGACCCGUAAGGAUGAGACCAGCAAACCUUCCCUAUACAAGACAAGAGGUAACACACCAGCAGGCAAGACAGGCUCGGCACAGAAGAACAAGGGGCCAGCGGCAGCGGGAGGCUUAGGUGGACCUCCCCCCGGCAACGAAGGCCAGCGGGAGGCUGUCAUCACCCAGGAGAACACUGGCGGCAGCAGCCCACCUCUCUCCCCUGCCUCCACCCAGUCAGAGGCGUCCCUGCCCGGCCUGAGCCAGGAGUGUGACACAGCAUCUGGAGAUGACACCACCCCAACCACCACCACCACCAGCACCCCAUGUGUGACCUGUGUGAGUGAGCUGCCCAGUUCUGCCUCUGAGGCACCACACACACAACCUGGCACUCACCACCACUCACUUGGGAACUCAGCGUCUGAGUCAGUGAGUCAGAGCAUUACCCAAAAUGGUUUCGAGAAAGAUUCUGAGUACGAGAGUGCCGAGGAGCUUGACUCUCCACACCACAGCUCACCUGAGGAGGCUCCACAGGCACCCAGCACUUUUGUACUCCCUGAGGCUGAAGGUGUUGCCAGGGAGGAGUUUACAGAGGGAGACUCAGCUCACCCACCCCUAGAGUGUCUCAGUGAUGGCCAGACAGAGUCAGCCCUCCCCUCUAGUGUUGUGAAUGCUUCCUCAGGAAGUGACCAAAAUGUCAGCUGCUUUGUGAAUGGUGUAGAAAAUGAUGCUGCAGAAACUGUCUCAGUGAUCCCUGACACCACUACCACAACUACCACUAUUCCUGUGAGUGUCACAGAUACAGCACUUGUGAUUAAUGGAGGAAGUGAACCACCCAUCAGUACUGUGUGUGAAUCUGUGGUGACGCUGACCAAGAACGAGGUUGUUGAGGAAUCAGUUGUAGAAAACACAAUCUUGGUUGACCAGCAGGUGAUUGCAGCUACACACCCUACACCUGAGACUGAUAAACCGGUGGAUGUCAGUGAUAUCAACCUUGACUUAGUGACUUCAGGUGAUGACAAUAACACUGAGAGUUGUGAACCUCUUGUGUGUGUCUCAGCAGAUGUGAGUGAAGCCAAAGAAACCAGUGAUAAAGCAACACCAAGUGGAGAAAGUGAGUGUGUGUAUGUACCUCCAACAGAUCAAGUAAGAGAGGAAACCUGUGUCUCCGAGGCAACCCAGGAGACUCAGACCAGAGGACACACCCAGCCACCAGCAGAGGAAAGCACUCCCAUACCACAAGAACUAGAGAACCAGAUACAGGAAAAGCAGGAAGACACACCCCAGCCAUUACAGCAGGAAAGCACCUCUGUCCCUCACCAAGAAACAGAACACUCACUACAGGAGAAGCAAGAAGCAAGUCAGGACACAACAGACUCCCCAGUUGCUCAUUUUACUGAACCACACACAACUCCUGAGGAAACCAGUACAGAACGCAAGGAAGAGUCUCCACCUCCCAUCCCUCCGCCAGAUCCUGACGACAUCCCCAUUGCACCAAAGAAGGAAUACAACCUUGACUUCCUUGAUUACUUAGAUGAUCCAAACUUUAAUCCAUUUGCCUCCAAGACUGCCAUCAGGAACACCCCUCCUCCCAGCCCUGAGCCAGGUGUGAAGCUUCCUCCCCUCAAGCCAGCCAUCAAGAAGAAGGAUAAGAAGGCUGCACAGGCUGCUGCUAAUCAAGCUCAAGCUGGCAGUGAGAGUAAUGUAUUAGAAACCAAUGUUGAAGAUUUAUCAAGUGUUGGCAAACCCAGUGAUUCCUCCCAGCCAUCUCAAGAUUUCAGUAAGGUUCCUGACACCAAGGAAGAAACAGAUCAAAAGGAAAACUCAUCUGUUCUUGAAGUUUCCCUUGAUGAUAGUGAUGCUCCUAAGACUCCAGCUAAGCCCCUGAGGAAACCGCCACAGAGGAGACCACUCAGGAAGCCACGGCCUAAACCAGAAGUAACUGAGAAGAACAACAAUAGGGUAGAGAAGGAGGACGAGAACACAGUACCCAAAGAAGAAGAGGACCUCCCCAUCCCUCCAUCAAAAGGUUACAAUUUAGAUUUCCUGGACAAUCUUGAUGACCCGAAUUUCAAUCCAUUUGCAAGCAAGACAGCUGUAAGGAACUCCCCCACUGAAGGAGGUGCUUUUCCUGCCUCCCGAAGCUCACCAGAAAAAGCAGAGGAACCAAAGCCUAAGGUUACUGUAGCCAGAAAGACUUCACCAAAGAAAGGCUUCACAGUACCCAGGAAAGACAGUGAAGUGAAGAGUGACUCACCUCAACCCAAUGAAGAUUCUGUCAAUCAAGCAGAUAAGAAGGAACCUAUAGAAGUCCCUGAAUCCUGCAAACCUGAACCUAGUCCUAUAGAAGUCCCUAAGGAGGAGAACGAGGAGGAGCUACCAUUGCCUAAGAAGGGAUACAAUCUAGAUUUUUUGGAUGAUCCCAACUUUGAUCCUUUCCAGACUAGAUCUAGUGUAGGAGGCAAGGUUCAAUCUAGUGCCAAAAGUGGUGGUAAUAAGGAUGCUGCAAGUGCUGUGAUAGAAGAUGUAAGUGCCAAUGUUGUAUCAAAUAAAGAUGAACCAGAAACUGUUGUAAAUAAAGCAGAAGUCCCUUGCAAGGAGACUGUCCCAGAAGACUUCAAACCUGAAUCAAGUGAGAUUUGUGUAAAUAAAGUUUCAGCAGAACCAGAUAGUCAGGGGGUUGCAGACAGUGUACCAGUGUGUACUGAAGGAAUCCUAGAACCAAAGAACCCACUAGACGAGACCCCAGAAAGCUGCGUAACCAAAGACGUCAAUCAAACCAAUCAAAUCGCAAAUCAAAACCAGGAAUCGUCCCCAUUGCCAGAUUCAGAGAAUAACUGGAGUACUGAGGAGACAGAGAGCACCGAGCCACACCUGGGAAGAUUCAAAACACCCUCCAUAGGCACCAUUGGACAGCUUGACAGCCUUGAGUUUGACCAGCUACUGGAACACGAGGCAAGCAGGUUAGCGGAGGAGUUUAUGAACUGCUCUAGAGAUUCUGGCCUGGCAGAUUACGACGAGAGCUCUGACAACCACUACUCCACCAUGGCAGACAUGAGCUACUCCAACCUCCGCCAUGUGGAUGAGAACAUCAACCCAUUCCAGAAGAGCUCCCAGCUGGCCCGCUCACCACCCUUGGGCAAGAGAGGAGCUGUGUGUGGUGCUGAGGCAGACCCCCUCGGCCUUCCCUUCUCCUCUAGACGGUCCCUCAAGCGAGACAUUGUCAUGGGCGAGGAGAGACUGGAUACAUCAAGUUUAGAAGAUGACUCGGGAAUUGUUCUUGGGUCACGGUCUGAUCUUGAGACAGAGGUGAACCACAGUGAGGCAGGACCUGAGAUAGCAACAGGCUUGACCUCCAGUGACCUGCGAUGUGCCUCUCAAUCCAACUCUGACGACCUUGAGGAGGAAUUCUACGACCAAAUAACGGACGAAGAAUUCCUUUCCUCGGAGACAUUCUUCAAGGAGGCGACAGACUUAGAGAACCACCUACGAAGGAACCUGGUGUCGCCACUCCUCGGAAGCCACAGUAAGCUGAGUGGUGAUGUGACGCCUACCAAAGACAAGAAGGAACCACCUGCUGGAGCUCCAGAAUCACCACAAAAUAAGCCUGCCCCAUCGACCUCUUCUCCUGCGCCUCCCCCACGGGAGGAGAGGUCAGCCCCCGAGGGCACCAGCAGCCCCAGCCCUCGCCCCAGUGACACUGCAGAACGCAAGUCCCUCUCGACCCGCCCCACAUCAGCUCCGCCUGAGGGGUACAUGACAGCCAGUGAGGUUCAGGAACUGUUGAAGCGACAGGAACUCAAGUUUGAGGAGAAACUCCUUCGUGUGGAACUUGCAGCCGGAGAGAAGGAGAAGAAACUACAGCAAACCAUGAAGGACGAACAGAAAGAGAUGGCAACCUUGGGGAGUUCGGUGGCAGAGCUCACCCAGUCCCGUGAUGCCCUGCUGAAAAUGGUGUCUCAGUACAAGGGUAUGCUGGCUACCCUGGUGACAGAGAAGGAAAAGGAGAAGAAGAUGUCAGAUGAGAAGAUCAGUGCUCUGCAGGGAGAGAGAGAUCAGGCCCUGGAAGACUUAGCCAAUGUGGAGGUUGCUUUCUCAGAUGUUCACAGGAAGUAUGAGAGGACCAAGCAGGUGGUGGACAGCCUCAAGAGGAAUGAGGAGACCCUCCGUGGUGCUGUGGCUGACUAUGAAGGAAAAUUAAAGAAGCAAGAACAAAAAUUCCUUGAAUUCCAAAAGCAUGCCGAGGAGAAAAUACAAAUGGCUAAUGAGGAGUUUGAGAAUAUGCGAAAAUCCAAUGAGCAGGAGAUGACCAAAAUGGCUGCCCUGCUGAAGAAGGCAGAGAUGAAGAUCAUGUCCCUCCAGGAUUCCUUCGACCGCAAGACCCGAGAGAACCAGGAACUGACCCAACUCUGUGACGACUUAAUCAACAAAGUGGGCACGUCACACUGAGAAAGGGCAGCAGCGGCGAGGAGCUGCUGGUCCUGCAUGCCCUUCCUCAGCAGGUGGUAGGAAGAAUGUUUGAAGUCUCACUGUUCUAGGAGUAGAUGAGAAUUGUUAGAUGUCUGGAGCUUGUUGUGAUGGAAAAGUUUUGUCUCUGAAGUGAUAAGAUGGAAGUUUUUAGAUUUUGGGAAGAGAUGUUUGUUUAUUUUUUUGAAAGGUAAUUGUGCUUUUGUGGCUCAAGAGGAAAAAGAAUAAAGGAAAUUGACUCAUUUAAUGAAAUGGAAUGUCUAACAAGAAAAGCUCUCCUUAGAAUAGUAGAUUAUGACGUGACACUGUGUGUGUGUGUUCACGCGUGCAUGCAUUCGUGGAUAUGUGCAUGCAUGUGUCAAACACUAUAUUGGAAUCCAGAAUUGACAAAAUGGAAAGAAAUUGUAAUUAUUUCCCUACAAAAAGGACACACAAUUAUUGACUACAUAGAUAUUGGGCACUUUGCAAGAGACAAGUGUGUAUGCAUUAAUAAUCAUCACACAAUUAUUAAAAGAAUUGAGAGAGAAAUCUUUAAUAUUGCAAAAGUAAAUUAGGAUUAGUAAAAUCAAAAUCUUUGUUGAGUUCACAAGUUGGUCAGAAGUCAGGCCAUGAGAGCAAGGGAGUUUGUUUCCUUUCACUCUUUGUCAGUAAAAAUACUUCAGCAAAUUGUUCUUGAGUUUCUGACAUGCCGUCUCACUGACCUUAUUAUGAUCUGAUGACUCAAGAUAUAAGAAACAUUGGAUGCAUUUAAUUGUUACUCUUACUUUUCUCUGUAUGUAGAUGUGUUUGUGUGAGAGUUUUGAGAACAUUAACCAUUUAAUUUUUGUUUAAAAUGCACAAUUUACACAAGGAAGAAACAGCCUCUGAAUAGCAUGAGUCUUGAGGCAAGUACAGUAUUGGUCAGAAGUUGAGUAACCUGCCAUACUUACUGUCAACUGUUAGACCAUCACUGCAUCAGAAGAUGCUGGAGAGAGAGAGUACCAAACAUCGGAGAAGGGAGUGUGAUGUGUUAAUCCAUUUUUGGCUAUUAGUCUACCAAGUAACCAAUGAUCACAAGUGGAGCUGCCAACCAGACUGUCCUGCAUUGGUUAGUAUUGGGAGGGGAGAAGCAGUGAGUGUGAUGUGUUACUCUGUUUUUGGCCAUGACUUCUAAGUAACCAGUGAUCAUAGGUGGAGCUGCCAACCAGACUGUCUUGCAUUGGUGAGUGUUGGGAGGGUGGAGGCAGUGAGGGGUCUGUGCUGUGAUAGAGGAGGAUAGUCAGUUUGUCGAGAGUCGCCAUAUACUAUUAAGCCUGAUGUUUCAAUAAGCUGACGAUAUCACUUAGUUAUUAAGUCAUGCACAAAGGCGUGCUAUCCAAAAAGAGUCUUUAUACAUAUAAUAUGUACAGAUAAAGAAUAAAGAUAAGAGGUGCAUACAUUUAAGGUUUUGUACAUGAUAGAGUGUAAGCCACGUUUCCCAUUCUUUGUUUGCAUACGUUAAUUUGAAAUGUAUCUGAACUGGCCAAACUAGAAUAUAUUCUUUUCAUUGGCUGACUCUUCUGUUCCACUACAAUUUAUUGGUCUUCACUCUUGUUAGUCCACACACUGGUAUGAGUAGGUAGCUGUAGUGCUGAGUGUGACAUGCAGCAGAGCCUUUUCAUCAAGCUUCAGCACUCAGGGACUGGGCUGUGCUGAGCCUCCACCACCACUCUCGUGGCUCAGUGCUUGGCCCAGUACAACUCGCACCCCACUGGGAAGGAAUACUUUUAUUUGGAGUUAUGUUUAAUGUUAGUUGUUGCAACUCUAUUGUCUAGCUCUUCUGGUUUUGUUUAAGAAAAGGUCCUAUGUGAAGCAAAGCAUUUGUCAUAUUAUGUAUGGACUGUACAUAUAUACAGCUGUUCCCUGUUAUAUUCCUUCAUUCCGUCUCCUGUAAAGUUACUGUUGGAAAAGUUCCCUCCUAAACAUAUCCUUCUUCAGCCUUGUAGGUGCAGUCAUCAAAUGAAAUACCUGCUUUUGUGUGAGCUUGUAUCCUGUGUAAGGUGUCUACAUCCCAGUGUGAUGCAUGUCAUGACAGUGUAGGAGGCAUCCUCUGUUCAUUCAAGUACUAGGCACCAUAUUGAGGAACUACUUUAAUAAAUGCUGAAGAUAGGAAGAUCCUUUUCUUUGUUGGCUGUGCACUCUUCAGGAUUAUUUUGGGUUUAUCCUUGUAUGAUACAGAAAUAACAAGUUACAUGGGAAUCAUUAACAGUAUCCCUUUGUGGAGAUUGGCUGAAGCAGCUUAGAAAUAAUCCCCAGUCCUUGCAAGACCACAAAGAACACUGUAGCUGAGAAAAGAAAAUUGUAUCUGCUUUACGCUGCCGUUGGCAAGCCGAGUGUAAUAACUCUGGCUUCCUGUAAGACUCUUAUUACACAUACAUAGUUCUCUAAGUUUAUGCACAGACAUCAUGCAAUUCUUAUUAUUCUUUGUUGAAUCUGUUGAAAAUUUGUGCCUUAUGCCAUGCAGAUCAGAGAAAUAUUAAAGAUGUGUAUUGCCACAAUUCAUGAUUGCAGUCAGACCGACCUGUCUUUGAUGUGGCAAACUGAGGGAGGGAAUAAAGCAGAUGUGUGCUGCUGCCCCUGGUAGUGGCUGACAGCUGUUGUGGGACUACUACAGCUGCUACUAACAUGGCUGUACUGGAGGGACAAUAGUACUUGCAUGUUGUAUCCCUUAGAUUUUUCAACUUCAUGUAAACUAUGGUUUCAUUUUUCUUAUAACUAACCAAACUCCAUUUCUGUCACACGAAUGCAAAGCAUCAUCACAUUGUGCUGUCUAGCACAUGAAGGCCUUCAGGACCUGCCAGCCACUGCAGCAGAGGCACAGCUAACCCAUUGCUACUGUGCUGUUUCACUCACUGCAGUUUAAAAAUUGUGUCACUUGUAGCACUUGCCAUAAUUUAUUUUCUUCUGAUGUAUGAUUUUCCUUGAUUCAUGAUAUUCAUGUAUCAGAAAAUAAAGUUGUUUAACAAAUA